UUGUCUAUGGAAAUACAGAACGGAAUCUUGUAAAAGAUUAGGCCAUUUCAUAAAACAAAUGUAUAGUAACUCGCAGAAAAUAUCUUCGGGACAGUUGUAUUUAUUUCAGCUUUGCAUUUUAUUUUAAAUUGAUUCGUGAACCGCAUUGUAGGUCCAUUGGAAAGGAUUCAUCGUCGACUCUAGCGGAAGGGUUAGCAGUCUCGGUUCUGCAAUAGAAAAGAUUUGCAUUGAGAGGAGACGUAAGGUGGCAGUAGAAUAUUCUAGUGUACACUGAAGAUCGCCUGCCAUUUACAGGAGGGAACAGAACCAUUGGCUCUUGGGGCUAGGAUGUCAGUGCUGAACCAGAGUGGAGAAGAGCAGGUGGAAUGUCCCCUGUGUAUGGAACCCUUGGAGGUGGACGAUCUCCACUUCUACCCGUGCACAUGUGGAUACCAAAUAUGCCGGUUUUGCUGGAAUCGAAUCCGGGAAGGCGAGAACGGCCUAUGUCCGGCAUGUCGGAAGGCCUAUCCGGAGAACCCGGCAGACUUCACUCCGCUCAGUCAAGAGCAGGUGGCAGCAAUAAAGACGGAGAAGAAGGCUCGCGAGCAGAAGCGGCGCAACAAGACGCUGGAGUCGCGGCGAGCGCUCGCGAACGUUCGCGUCGUGCAGAACAACCUCGUGUUCGUGGUCGGCCUGCCCGUACGCCUCGCCGACCCAGAGAUCCUCAAACGGCAAGAGUACUUUGGCAAAUAUGGCAAAAUUCACAAAGUAGUUAUAAACCAGAGUACCACGUAUGCGGGGUCACAGGGUCCGUCCGCGUCGGCGUACGUGACGUACGUGUCGCCGGCGGACGCGCUGCGGGCCAUCCAGGGCGUCAACAACGUGGCGCUCGACGGCCGCGUGCUCAAGGGCUCGCUCGGCACCACCAAGUACUGCGCCAACUUCAUGAAGAACCAGCCCUGCCCCAAGCCCGACUGCAUGUAUCUGCACGAGCUAGGUGAUCCGAAAGCGUCGUUCACGAAGGAAGAGAUGCACGCGGGCUUGCACCAAGUGUACGAGCGCAAGCUGCACAACCAGCUGCUGCAGGCGCAACGGGACAAACCCGAUGACAAACACAAUAAUACUUCAGGUAAUUCUAGUACGAAUGCAGAAAAAAGCAGUUCAAAAGAUGGUACUCAAUCGAACUUUAUACCAACCACAGUGGUCACAUCUUCUCAUAUAAACGUAGUCAAUUCUUCUAAAUCUAAUAAAAAAGAGUGUGUAAACGGCAACAGUGGUUCGAGUAGCGCGUCCAGCAGCGGCGGCGGCAAGGAGGCCUGGCCCAGCCUCGGCGCCUCGCCGCCCGCCGACAGCCCCGCCCGCAAGCAGCCCAGUCCCAAGCCACUACACUCGCAGGUUAAGUCACAAGAAAACGGCACAUCAGAAUCUUCCAGUCCCACACAACAGAUACAGCAACAGGCUCAAACGAAACAAAGUAAAGAAACACACACAGACAGCAAAACGAACAGAACCAAGGAAACUAGCACAAACGGACAAACUAGCAAGAAAAGUAAAACUGAUAAAUCCAAACAGAAGUCUAGCAAUAGUAUUAAUAAUGAUAGUAACGAAGUCGAAUUAGAUAGUAAACCGUUCAGUAAUCAGACGCAGAAUUUCGACGGGGACGCAUUCUUAUGUGGGGAGCUUGAAGAGUUGGAGACGGAAAGACAUGGUCUACUGGAAGCUCUGGAGUCGCAGUCAUUAUUAGCUCCGCGUCUACACGAAGGGUUCCUGCUAGAGAGGCCACCAGCCUUCUUAGGUGAUCGUGGUUUGUUGUUGCGCGAGAGGUCACACAGCGAAAUGCUCGUGCGGCAGUCAGACCCCCUCCGUCACGGACUGCUUGACCCCAAGCACUAUAUGCAGUCCAACAGUAUAGGACUCGAUAAUGCUAGUGAAUUAUUAGGUGCUAAUUUUCAUCAAAAUCCCAAUAUGCUUCCACCGUUCGGUAUGCGCGUAGACAAUUCCAUGGGCGGUAGCUCGCUGUCUGCGAGUUCACUAGCCGGCAAUUCGAUGGCAAACACAAUGGGUGGUAACUCGAUGGCAAAUACAAUGGGUGGCAACUCGAUGGCAAAUAAUAUGGGUGGCAAUACGAUGGCGAACACAAUGGGAGGCAACUCUAUGGCAAACACAAUGGGUGGCAACUCUAUGGCAAACACAAUGGGAGGCAACUCUAUGGCAAACACAAUGGGAGGCAACUCUAUGGCAAACACAAUGGGUGGUAACUCUAUGGCAAACACAAUGGGAGGCAACUCUAUGGCAAACACAAUGGGCAAUACAAUGGGUAGCAACUCCAUGGUCAACAACUCUAUGGUCAAUAAUACAAUGGGCAAUUCAAUGGUUGGAAACUCUAUGGUCGGCAACUCAAUGGGCGGCAGUUCUAUGGUUGGCAACUCUAUGGUCGGCAACACAAUGGGCGGCGGCUUCAUGAUGCACAAUCAACAGUUACUGCAACAGAACCAGCAACAAAUGCAACAGACUGGCCUUGUCAAUGGAUUCGAUGCACCACAGUCGGCAAACGAAGUUCGGUACCUGGCAGAGAACAUGGACAAGUUCUUCACGGACUUCCACAAGGCUCAGCAGAUGCGGCUGGGGCUGGCUCGGCCGGACGAGCGGCGCUACGUGGAGCAUGCUCGCUACCCGCACAACAUGCUCAGCGCCGAGCGCCUGGAGAUGGAGCACAAGCAGAGAAUGAACAAUAUACGCGGUAACGAAAACAAUGGCGGCCGUGCCGCCGGCGAUGGUGACGACGACCUAGAUUUCGACCCCUUCAAGGAAACACAGAAGGCGUUUGCAGAACUCAUGGAGACAGAAAUGAUGCAAAACACAGUUUCUAGCGGUGACAAUAUAGACCGUGUCCGCCGUUCCCGCCUCGCACCGCCCGGGUUCAGUCAUAUGACCGCGUUCGGUCUACCACAGCCUCGCCCACAACAGACACACCACCAAAGUUAUAACUCAAAUAGCACCAUGUUCUCAGACUGGACUCAGAUGGACCCCGCGAUAAUGUCGACGUCGGUGAACUUCGGCAAGAACGUGGGCAGCGCGAACUCGAGCGGCGGCCAGCUGAGCCAGCAGCAGCAGGAGCUGUUCGCGCGGUUCAACCAGCUGUCCGUGCAGCCCAACGGCGUGAAGCUGCAGGCCGCGGGGCUGGGCUGGGGGCAGAAGCUGGGCUGGGGCGUGGGGCUGGCCGGCAUCCCGCUGCCGCCCGGCUUCGCGCCCGCCAAGCCGCCGCAGCACCCCGCCGAGUGCAUCGACGCCAAGUAGACCACGUGCAAUUCCACCCCUCCCCACGGCGGAUAUUAUAUUUUCUAUUCAGUAAUAUUAUUGUUUCUUUCCGUUGGUGAUGUGAUCGAAAAAUCUUUGUAUUAAGAAAGAGCAUAUUUUAACGAGAGAAAUAUGAUAACAAAGGAAUUUGUAAAAUAAAUUAACCUAUUUGUUUUAUUUAAAAAA